CUUCCCUCUCUAGGACUUCCUCUUCCUGUUCCUUCUAUGGUUUUCCUGGAGGUCAAUUGGGAGCCUGAAGUCCUGUUGCUUGGUGGCCCUUGCUUUGUGCAAAACAAGGAAAAGGAGGUGCAAGAAAAGGGUCGUGUGACAAAGCGGACGUGCGUUUCACGGAGGAGGAAGAGGAAGAGGAAGGUUUCCUCGCGGGUUGUGGCUUGGAAGUCAUGGAAGAGGAGGAUUAUAAGAACGUGGCCAUUCUAGACUAUGGGGAGGAUUGCCCUCCUUCUCCGAAGCCAUGGCAGAUGUCCUCAAUAGCUAUCAAGGUAGAAGUGAAGGAGGAGAACAUGGAGGAAGAAGAAGAAGAGGCAAAGAGGCAAGAGGAAAACGAAGCAGGGUAUGGGUGGAAUAUGGCCAUUCCCGGGCAGGCUGAUAACCUUUUUCAAAUCCCAAUCCAGCAAGAGCUUCCCAAGGAAAAGAGUGAGCGUCCUUCACGUAGGAGAACAUUCCCUACCAAGUUCAGCCUUGACUCAGAUUGCAAAAGCCAUAUAGAAGAAAAACCACACAUAUGCCUGGAAUGUGGGAAGAGUUUUAGUCAUAGCCAUAGUCUUACUGUCCACCAGAGAAUUCACACUGGGGACAAACCAUUUGAAUGCAUGGAAUGUGGAAAGCACUUUAAUCAGUUCUCACACCUUACCUCACAUCAGAGAACCCAUACAGGCGAGAAACCCUAUAAAUGCACGGAAUGUGGGAAGAGCUUCAGUAGUAGGUCAAGCAUUUCUUCACACCAGAGAAUUCACGCAGGAGACAAGCGCUACAAGUGCUUGGAAUGUGGAAAGACCUUUCAACGGAGUGCGCACCUUUCUAGUCACCAGCGAAUCCACACUGGAGAAAACCGGUGUAAAUGCUUGGCGUGUGGGAAAGAGUUCAGUCGCAACCGAAACUACACUCAGGAAAAACCAAGCAUAUGUUUGAAAUGUCAAAAGAACUUUCAGAGUAGCGGAAAGCUCAAUUCAGGUAAUGGUGUUGAGACGUUCACUGACGGCACGCAACCACAACAGAGCACUGACAUAAAGAAACCAUAUAAGUGCAUGGAAUGUGGAAAGUGCUAUGGUGAUACUACAAGCUUUACGAGACACCAGCACAUCCACAGGGGAGAGAAACCUUAUAAAUGCUCAGACUGCGGAAAGACCUAUGCUUGGAAGGCAAUCCUCAUUAAACAUCAAAGGAUCCACACCGGAGAGAAGCCAUACAAAUGCAUGGAGUGUGGCAAGACCUUCAGCUUUUCCUCAAGCCUUGCUUCGCAUCAAAAAAUCCACACUGGCGAGAAACCGUACAAAUGCAUGGAAUGCGGGAAGGAUUUCAGUCAUAGCACCGGUCUGAUUCAGCAUCUGAGGAUCCACACGGACGAAAAACCUUUCACCUGUUUGGAAUGCCAAAAGAGUUUCAGGAGCAGCACAAAGCUCAAUUUACACAUGAGAGUUCACACUGGGGAGAAACCAUAUAAAUGCUUGGAGUGUGGAAAGAGCUUCAGUUACAAUGCUUACUUACGUUCACAUAAAAGAAUCCACACUGGGGAGAAACCAUACGAAUGCUUGGAGUGUGGGAAGACCUUCCACCAGAGACCGCACCUCGUGUCCCAUCAAAGAAUCCAUACUGGGGAGAAGCCGUACGAAUGCUUUGAGUGCGGAAAGACCUUUAGCCAGAGCUCGCAUCGUAACCUGCACCAGCGAGUGCACACAGGGGAGAAACCUUACAACUGCCUGACAUGUGGAAAGACCUUCAGUAAUAACAGAAAUCUUACUUUCCAUCACAGGACCCAUACGGGGGAGAAGCCAUACAAGUGCUUCGAGUGCGGGAAGUGCUUCAGUCAGAGCUCAAGCCUUCGCAUCCAUGAAAAAAUCCACACAGGGGACAAGCCGUACCAUUGCUUUGAGUGUGGAAAGAGAUUCAGCUGUAGCUCAAGCCUCAUUUCUCAUCAGAGAACCCACACAGGAGAUAAACCGUAUAAGUGCUUUGAGUGUGGGAAAAGCUUUGGUCAGAGUCAGGGCCUUGCUAUGCAUAUUAAAUUUCACAGGGAAAAAAUGUAGAUGUUCUUGGAGGCUUUUUGAGGAGGGAAAGGCUUCUUCUCAUGGAGUCUGUACGGGAGAGGAAGGGGGAGCACACUGAACAUGUCUGAGCAUGAAAAGAGACCAAAAAGGGGAGAGCAGAUAAGCCUGCCUCACCAGCCAACUCCAAUAUGCUAAAGGAGCAUAACUUUUUUAAAGUUUGACCACCUAAAUGGAAAUCCUAAGAAUGCUAGAUGCUGGUGAAAGAACUUUUCAUCCCUAGAAGCAUUUUGAAGGAAGUGUUGGUGUGAUCAUUAGAAAGUUUAAAUGUUUUUUUGUUUGUUUCCUGGACCUAGUUGGUUCAUUUCACACGUGCAUAUUGUUAGUUGGGAAGAAAAUGUUUGCUGAAAUGUGUUAAACUGUGCUCUCUCUCUCUUUCUCUCUUGUUGUGGACAAGUGUGGUGUAGGAACCUUUCCCUAUUCUUUCCACAUUAUUUCGCCUCUGGUGCCAAUUUUUCUGUUAAAGAACUAAUGGCUGAGAACACAUUCCUAGGUAUAUCAUUACUUAAAUAUGGUUCUCAUGUCCCAGUCUUCUCCAAGCUAAACAUACUGAGAUCUUUUGGUCGUUCCUUAUAAAGCUUGAUUUUUAUUCCCUGAUUGUUAAAUUGUUGUCCAUUUUGGCCUUUGUUCUCUGGACGUAUUCCUUCUGGAACUAUGGUGCCCAGAACUGGUAUUACUCUAAGUGAGGGCUGAACAGAGUAAUAUGUUGAGAGAGUAGUCAGGGUUUGGACAGUUUUAUCAAUUUGCCUGGGCCAAAUAAAACAUCCUUCCCCUGUUCCUGCAGGAAUUUUGAGGGGGAAAGUGGGAUAUAAAUAAAUAUAAUAAUAAUGACAACAAUAAUUGUAUACUAUUUUAACUGGGUUAUUGUUUUUUCAAAAAGUUUUGUAAAGUUUUAAGAGUUUUUUUUUAUCUUGUGAGCCACCUUGGGAGAAAGGCGGCAUAAAAAUGAAAUAAAUCAUCUACAUCAUCAGCCCAUACAACACAGGCCCAAUCUCCAGUUCUGGUGCAAAGUGUCCAGACAAAGUCCCGCCAUGCCGUAUGGACCAUUACACCAAUUUUUAAAAACUCACCAUUUGCUCCUGUUCUUCCGGAGCAUUCCAAAGUGACAGUGGGUGGCUGUUUACAAUGCAUUCUGUUGUGCCACCCAGUGCUGCCAUGGAUUGCUCGCUCGCUCACUCUUAGGUCAGAAUAAGGUGCCUUGCCACAUGAUCAACGCUGGGCACCUCAUUCUGAUCUCAGAGCGAGCGACCCACAGAGAUGGCACCAUGUGGCUUGUGAGCAGCAGCCCGGCACCUCAUUCUGAUCUCAGAGCAUGAUCCAUGCUGAUGGUGCCAGGCAACACAGCAGGACAUACAGUCUGCCCUCAGCAUAUGUGCCCUCACUGUACUCAGUUUUAAGCUUCCAUGGACGGCAAACGGCAAGGGACACAAUGGUGCACACGCAAGUGGCAUGGGGGAGCGUGCUGCCAUUGUAAACAAUGGGACUCCAGCAUAUGCAAAAUUUGUCUUACACAGGGGGGUCCAGAACACAUCUCCCAUGUAUGGCAGGGGCAAACUAUGUACAACAGCUGCCUGAUUGCAACAAAGUGCCCAGAAGUCAGGGCAGCUUCAGGGUCAUAGAAUCAUAGAGUUGGAAGAGGCCACAAGGGUCAUCAAGUCCAACCCCUGCCAUGCAGGAACUCACAAUCAAAGCAUCCCCAAUACCAGCCUCUGUCUAAAGACCUCCAAAAGA